CUGCCCUUCUGUCUCCCCAGCUGCCCGAUUGCAGAUCCUGUCUGACUCAGCCGCUGCUGCCACCACCUCCUAGACCGACCUUCCCUUGGUGUCUGCUCCCAGCUUCCUCACUCCUAGACCAGCAGCAUGGAGUGCCAAGAGAAUCAGUACCGGGACCAGUGGGGACACUGUGUCACUUGCCAACAGUGUGGCCCUGGCCAGGAGCUCUCCAAGGAAUGUGGCUAUGGGGAAGGAGGAGAUGCAUUCUGCACCCCUUGUCCCCCCCGAAGAUAUAAAAGUGGCUGGGGCCACCAUAGCUGCCAAGCCUGCCUAACUUGUUCUGUCAUCAACCGAGUCCAGAAAGUCAACUGCACUGCCACUUCCAAUGGAGUCUGUGGAGACUGUCUCCCCAGGUUCUACUGUAAGACCCGAAUCGGUGGCCUUCAGGACCAGGAAUGCAUCUCAUGCACCAAGCAAACUCCUGUGUCAGAGGUUCAAUGUGCCUUCAGAUUGAGCUCUGUGAAGCUCGAGGUGCCCACGGCACCCCCUCAGGAAGCCACACUCAUGGUGCUAACAAGCAGUGUGCUAAUUGUUUUUGCCCUGGCCUUCAUAUCCUUCGCCAUCAUCUACUGUAAGCGUUUCAUCAAGCGUCAGUUCCGGCAUGGCUUCAUUGGGUCUCCGGAUUUUCGGGGGCAGAGAGAAUUAUCUCAGGCUUCUGAUUAUGCAGGCCCGUGCCCCAGCAGAGAGCUGGGCAUGAAGAAUUUGGGUCCUGUUGUUGAGCAAAAUGGAGCCUCUGAGGAUUCGGUACAGUUUGUGGCCGAUAGUCCGGCACCCAGAACCGAGGGAAAUGAGAGUCUUCAUUGCCUACAUGCCAAUCUUGAGUCCUCCCCGGGACAGCCAGCCUGCAAUACCACCGAUGCCCAGGUUCUCAUCCAUACUUGCCCGCCUUCUGAGGCUCAACCCGAUCCAACGGGGCACCCCCUGACACUUCCUUCCUGCGCCUCGGAAACACAGUCAUGCUGGGCCCAUGCCCCCGUCGAAUGCACCGAACUAGACCUUCACAAAUUUUCGAGCUGCAGCCCUUACACCAGUGCAGAAGGACACAGGGAAGCUGUCAUCUGGGCCAUGCCAGGGGGCACCGGAGAUAGAGUGGGGUUCACCCCUUCCUUAUACCACUUAGAGGGAAAGUCUCCUGCACCGGAUUCUUCCUUUAAGGUCUCUUCGGCCAAUGGUGGCCACAUGUCCUGGUAAACUGUCAAAGCCACAUACUGGACUUCAAGCCCCAGUACUGAUGACUUAUUCCAUAUCUGCUCUGCAAGUCUGGGGCGGGGUGCAACUUAACUCCCCAGGCUAGUUU